GCUAGCCCCAACAACCUAGGAUUUUCGUCUGUGCUCUCGCCCCUCGCCUUCGACUAUCAGUGACGCGCAAGUCACAUCCGCCAGCAGCCGUCGCUUCACGACUUUUCCUUCCCGUGAUACUUCCACAACCCGACCGAAUACUAACUAUAGGACACCCUGACCAACCAUGGCUUCAACUAUGCAAGCCUUCCAGGACAUCGACUUCAUUGUCGAACCCGACAGUAUGGAUCUCGGUUCCGAAGCCGGGAAUCUGUACAUGGACGAGGACAUGACUCUGCUUGGUGACUCCACGGCUGGCAAUGGUGUCGAUGAUGAGCAAGACGUUGAACUGCAAGAUGCACGCUCCGAGACCGCCCGUGGAUCGCAAGUUGGAGAACCCGAUGCCUUUAUGGCUGAUUUAGUAGACGAGAUUAAUUAUUCUGAUGAAGAGAUUGAAGACGGCGACACAAAUCAACAUCAGCAGAUUGCUGAGGUGGAUCAAGAAAUAGCAAACGUUCCUGAGCAAGAGCUCAUAGUAGAUGUUGAGGCACCAGCUGUUGCGCAGGCUCCGCAGGCUACCGCUUCCUCCAACGCGAAGUCAGAUGUGCAGCACGAGAACCCAACAAAUACCCUCGGUAAUGAGGAGAAACCUUUCGAUUGGGACCAGGAUUUCAUUGACUACUCCGACGAUGAGGCACCGGAAGGCAGAGUUGAUCCGGCACCUGCGGCUGACAACGAUGCUGGCUUUGAUUUUGUAGAAACCGCAGAGCAGCACGAGGAAACCGGCGACUAUCCCGAGGACGAGACCGCUGAUCAUGGAGCCGCCGAAUCUACGGAACAAGACCCCGAUGAGUCUGCCGAGCACACCUAUGAUAAUACCAUAGGGCAAGACUUCACCACCUUGGAUGACGAAGCGUACGAUGGAUACACCGGCCAAGAAUUUGACGAGUUUGCCGCCGAACAAAUAUAUGGAGAUGCUGCUGAAGAGACCUACAUAGAUGCUGCCCAGGAACCCUACGAAGAUGCCAGCGUCCAUACCAAUGAGUACUCCCCUCGGUCAACAGAUGCUGCUGUACAGACCGAUGAAGAUGCUCCCCAGCAGACCAAUGAAGGAAGGGCCAAGGAGAACCACCAAGAGACCGUCGGGCAAACCUCCGAAGAUGCUCUUGAGCAAGACUUUGACGAGUUUGCGGGUCAAUCGUAUGACGAGACUGUAGAACAAUCCCUGAAUGAGUCUCCACAGUAUGACCACGAAGAAAUUGGCGAACUGGACCUCCCUGAAUCUGGGAAUCAAGCACCUGAGGGUAAUAUUGCAAACGCUCCGAAGGAGAGUACCGAGCAAUACCUAGUUGGGUACAGCGAUCAUACAUAUGGUGAGACGAUUGAGCUUAGCGACUCUGCCGAACACGCGGAUGAGCAGGCUGGUGAGCAAGAUAUAAAUGAGUUUGCUGAAUCUACAUAUGAUGAGACCACGACGCUUGACGAAGCUGUCGAACAUGCCUACGUGCAAACCGAGGAGCGAGGUUUGCAUGACCCUGCAGAUGAAACCCACGAGGAUUCUGUGGGUGAGCAAUUCGGUGAAACGAUCGGGCAUGACUUCGAUGAGACUGAUAAAGAUGAGCCCAACGAGCUUGCUGAGCAUGAAUUCAGUGAGACUGAGCAACAAGGGUUUGAUACUGGAGGUGUGAAGUCCGGUGAGACUGUUGAGGCUGGACUCGACAAUUCUGCCAAGCUUGAACAAUGUUCUACAGCGGAUGCUGGAUGGAAAGAGACGGAGGACGAGUCUGCCAUGUCUAAUGCCAACCAAGAAGUCUCUGCCGAGCGUGGGGAAUCGGAUCAUCGAAAUAACGUUGAUACUACGGCUCCUGAUGAUGAUUUCGUUUCUGACCCCCUCCAUCCCGUUUCUGUGCGCUACGAUGGCCAUGAGAUGAUGUUGUUCCCGCUCCAGACCAGCGAGACAAAUCACACAUAUUUACUUUCAGACGAAUCGGUCGCGUACGGUACCAUUCUCGACCUUUUCCAGGCUUGUCGACAGUGUCUUGGUGAUAGCAUUGGCGAGGAUACAGAGCUUAGGUUAGAUCUCCCAGGUCUGAAGCUCGAAUUCUCAGAAGAUUUUAUCUCGUGCAAUUCUAUUUCCCUUACCAAGAUACUCAGCAUCUAUAAGGAACUCAAAGCCGCAGACGGGGUACAAGACGCACCACCGCUCGAGAUGAUCUUGAGGAAGUGCGAGAAUCCUGUAACAUCACGGCUGGCUUGGCUUGAGGAAUGCGCGGACACCAAUCUCGGCUUCCUAGCAUCGCAGGAGAAACCUGAGCCAUCGGAUCAGCCAGUCCAGCACCAGGAGUACAAUGAAGAGUCUGACGAAGAAUACGGGGAAGAGUCGAUUUCAAAUGACCCUGGAGAUCAGAUAGACGAUGAUGGCCACACGCAGGACCAACAAGGAUCCAAGAGGACUUUUGUCGAGUUUGAAGAGGAGGAGGAACAUGUGGACGAUGAAGACUCGUCCCCGAAGCGUGUUAAGACGGCCGAGUAACCUACCUCCCCGAUCCCGAAUUUUAUUUCCCCAACUAACCCACAGCUGUUUCAAUACCUAACGCGAUUCCAGCAAAAGCCCUGGACCCCACCCCCUUCGUCUUCGAAGGACGACAAGUCGACUUAUGGGAGAAGGGCCCGAUUUCUAAGUCACGGUAAGUACCUCUAUU